AUUCACUGUCUAAAAAAUGGAAUGUGGUUAUAAACUGUGGGUUAUUGUGGAAUUCCUCGGCGAGGAGAAGAUAAGCGCUGUGCCAAAGCCAUGGUUAAAUGAAAAUGAAAGUGAAUGUAAGUGGCCAACAACCAUGCCCGACCAGAAGCGGGAUGAUAUGAUCCAAAGAUACAGACAACCAGGCCGAUGGAAAAGUUUUGCAGUUCGUGUCAUUGGACGCUCCACUUCCUACGCAGCAGCGUUGAAGACAAUGGAAAAAUCAUUGUACACAUCCUCUGUGGAAUCUCAAUCGGACAGUGAAACCAGCUAUUCAAGGCCGCUAGAGGCUAGUGAUGCGCAACCUUGCACUGAAUUGCCUGAUCGUCAAGCUGCAACGCAAAGCAGUGCUCACGAGGACAUCGUUUUGCCAGAGCCACCUCUGCAAUUGCGUCAGUUGACACCACUUGACGACAUGGUGCCUUCCAGCGUACCAAUUCCUCCUAGUAGGACUCCGCUUCCCUCACAAGAUGGCGCAGCCACUUCGAACUUCAGGCAAAGACCUUGUACCUACACACGACAACCUACAGUCCAGGGAAAAGCUCCCCUGCGUGAACUGCAUAACUGUAUGUGUACAUUUCACAUUGUUGCUUCUCUGGUCUUGUACCUGGCCGAACUGUGUAUCUUAUAA